GGAUCUUAUGAAACAGCCAUAUGAAAAGACAUAGAACCUGUAUGUGUUUUAUAGGACAGUUUCAAAACCUGUCUUUUACUCUAUGCCCUUAUUUCAGGCCAUAUCAUCAGACAUCCUUUUGAUUGCUGGUGUAGACUGCAAGCAUUAUUAAGAGUUGCCAUGUGGCUUCUUUAAGCCUAUUUGGCAAAAGCAUUCACCACUCUAAGGGUCCCGUGCUGCAAAUAAACUAAUUGCAACUUUUAUUGGCAAACAUCUCGAAUGGCAAAUUUGGUCUGUACUUUAAAAUAUGUACUGUGUGGGCAAAAUCCUGCUUGGGAGCACAAGCUGCUUCAGGGCAUGAGAGGUGGGAAGCACGGGAAGGCUUCAUUUCGGUUUCAGAGGAACACAGAGGCCACCAGCACCCACACACUGCUGUUCUCAGCUCCAAAGGCUUCAUCACACCCAGCACAGCUCCCAAACCUCCCCUUCCAGGCCCAAAGGCGUGGACAUUGUCAGUGCACAUCAGCAUCCUCUGAGCAAAGGGAAGGGCAGAGCUUUCUGCCUUGGCAGGCGCUCAGAGCAUCAUCCCGAGAUGUGACAGCAGUGGGUUCAAGUGCCUGCGGGGAAUGUUUAUCCCGUGCAGUAUAAACACAGCCGGCCGGGAAGCAACGUAUUGCGCAGAAAUGCCUUGAGUCACUUUGUGGAGAUAAAUACUAAGUUUGUGUCCUCCCAGCCCCGGGUCUGCCUUGCCCAUAUAGGGCCCAGGAUCAGCGCUGCCUUGGCUUUGCUUCAGGAGCAGGAAGAGUGGGAAUCCAUCCCCACACGGGCUUCGGGGCUGUGCUGGGGCUGGGGGCUGUGCACGGGGGUCUGAGCCUGGGCUCCACCUCAGCCCUGCCGGCCGGGGCUCGGCUCCGGGGCCGCUGGGAUGGAGCAUCAACCACCUUCAUCCGCUUUUAGAGAGCGCUUUGACCUGCUCAAACGCCUGCUAUGGGUUUAGCAGAUGUGUCCUCCUGCCUCCAGGAAGGUCAGGACCUCUUGGGAACUAGAGGCCACCAGCGCUACUGAUGGUUUGGGUGGGGAGCUGAGGGGAGGAGAAGUUUUUUUAAAGUAACACAAAGGGACGAGGUGAGUGGUCGUGCGGGGACAGGGUGGGCUGGUGGCUUUGGGAGGGAAGUCGCCCCGGUGGAAAGGGGAGGUUCCGGGGGUGCCGGGGGUGCCGGGGCCGCCCGCUCCCCGCGGGGCUCCCGCCGCUGCCCCCGCCGGCGGCGCCAGCACCCGGCACGGCCCCGCGGCCCGGGGGCGGGGCCUCGCGCCGGCAGCCAAUGGGCGGGGAGACACCUCCGUGCUCAUUUGCAUUCGGGCGCGACGCAGCCAAUGGGCGCGCGAGCCGCCGGCCGCGCUGCGCUCCAGCCGCCCCGCCCGGGCGGCCGCGGCUCAUUCGGAGAAUGGCCGCGGCCACGGCGUGCGGCUCCCCGCCUCCCCGCCCGCCCCGCGAGCAGCCGCCGCCGCGCAAGCGGGGCGACUCCCGGCGGCGGCAGGCCGCCCUCUUCUUCCUCAACAACAUCUCCCUGGACGGGCGGCCGCCCUGCCCGCCCGCCGAGAAGCCGCCGCUGCCCGCCGGCCCGGGCGACGGGGAAGAGGCGGCGGCGGAGCUGGCCGGAGCCCCGCCGCGCCUGCUGCCCCCGCCGCCAGUAUGCCAGCCGCCGCCCGCCCUGCUGCUGCCCGGCGUGCCCGCGCUCGCAGCCGCCGGAGCCAAGGGGGAUGCGGACCCCGCCCGCGGGAGCAUCUUCCUGCCGCAGCUGCUGCUGGGCGGCCCGCUGUGCCCGCCGCCCCCGGCGCCGCCCGCCCUGCCGGGGAUGCUGGCGGCCCCCAAGCCGGGCGCCCCGGGGCUGCUGAGCCCCACGCAGAGCGCGGCGGGCGGCGGCUUCGCGCUGGAGGCGCAGCGGCAGAGAAGGCGUUUUAUCUCCCAGCGCUGCUCUCUAGACUUUUUAGAAGACAUAGUGGAAUAUGCCAGUGUACGAAGAACCAAGCAUAUAUCUGGGUCUCCAAGACACAAAAGUUUGAAGAAGAUGCACUUCAUCAAGAACAUGAGGCAGUAUGACACCAAGAACAGCAGGAUUGUGUUAAUCUGUGCUAAACGAACACUGUGCGUGGCGUUUUCUAUCCUACCUUACGGGGAGGGGUUACGGAUCAGUGAUCUGAAAAUGGAAGGACAGAAACAGCGACAUCCUUCUGGGGGAGUUUCAGUAUCUACUGAGAUGGUGCUUGGACUGGAAGGAGUAGAGCUGGGUGCUGAUGGCAAGGUUGUGUCCUAUGCAAAAUUCUUGUACCCGACCAAUGCUCUGGUUGUUCGCAAAGCUGAUGCCUACGGUGCUGUUCCCCCGUGUCGAGCCAGUGCUCCCCGGAGUCUUCCUGGAUCAAGAUACAAACCUGUGACAGCAAAAACGAUACCAGCAGGGACAGACAUUGGAAGCGAAGCUGGAGAAGCUGCAGAGUAUGAUCCAGAUCUCCUGGAUGAUCCUCAGUGGCCCUGUGGAAAACAUAAACGUGUUCUCAUCUUUGCCUCUUACAUGACUACAGUCAUAGAGUAUGUGAAACCCUCAGACCUUAAAAAGGAUAUGAACGAAACCUUUAGAGAGAAGUUUCCUCAUAUCAAGUUGACACUGAGCAAAAUUAGGAGUUUAAAGAGAGAGAUGAGAAACCUGAGUGAGGAAUGCAGUCUGGAGCCGGUGACUGUCUCCAUGGCUUAUGUUUACUUUGAGAAGCUUGUCCUCCAAGGCAAACUCAACAAACAGAACCGCAAACUGUGUGCUGGUGCUUGUGUUCUGCUCGCAGCCAAGAUCAGCAGUGACCUCAGGAAACAUGAAGUUAAACACCUAAUAGAUAAACUAGAAGAGAGAUUCAGAUUCAACAGAAGGGAUCUCAUCGGUUUCGAAUUCACCGUCCUCGUAGCUUUGGAACUGGCUCUGUAUCUCCCUGAGAACCAAGUUUUACCUCAUUACAGACGGCUCACACAACAGUCUUAACCAAAGCUCCGUCCCAGGCGGCAUCCAGCCGUGCUGGGGGCCCAUCCCGGGAUGCUGCUGGUGGAGGUGCCACUGGCUCCAGCUCGUUGGGAAGGCUGCAGGGUGUUGGGAACUGUCAAGGUCUGUGGACACAGAUGCCAAAUCUGGGGGAUGGUACGAGAAGAGUUACUGAACUUUUAUUUUCUUUUGGACAUUUAAAGCACAAAUAUUCACCAGUCAGCUGUCAUGGCUGCUUAUUAUUCUUUAUUUAUCUUCCUGGUUUUAUGAAAACUGUUCUUCCCUAUGAAGAAUACUAUGGUAUUGGUUCUUUUUCUUUUGUUUUGUUUUAAGCCUUUAUUGUAUUCCUUGAAACUGAAGGAACAUCACUUCCAUUCCAGUGCACCAUAAAGUUCAGAUGUUUCUAAGAACCUUCUCACAUUUUUACAUUAAUGAAAUGCAUACUUUAUUUUUUUAAAGAUGUGCCUAAAUCUGGCUGGUCUGGUACCAGUGCUUUUUAAGUUAGUUCUGUUAUUUAGUGGGGAAUCCUGAAUUUGUAUAGCCAUUUAUUCUUUACCUGCAUUGGCCUUGCAAACAAGGAAAACAAUUCCAGUAUAUCUGCACUAAUAAUAUACAGGGCAUCUAUUCUAUGAUCUAUAAGUAGCGAGACUGAAAUUACUCCAUUUCAAUUUAUUUACUAUAAAUACCUUAAAAAUAUACAUUUUACUUUAGAAGGAAAAGUGGUUUGAAAACCUGUCAUGAAGUACCACACAUUGAGUGAGGUAGCUGGGAAGUGAUUGCCGUCCUAAUUCACUUGAGUGGAAGAUGAGCACUUGACUAAGAGCAAUUUGCUGUCAAAUGUAUCAUUUAGAAGCUUUAUUUGUUUCACUGUUCAGUAGCCUGAAAUAAGCACCUUUUUUAGGAUGACUGUAUUAUAGAUGGUCUUAUCUGAGCAAAUAUGAAGCCAGUGGAGUUACUGCUGCCAGCCGAAGCCAAUGAAACAAAGCAUGCUCAGUAUUUAAAAUGCUACUUUUUUUACUCUCUGUUCUUCCAAGCGUUGCAUCACUGUGAUGGUCCUCAUAAAACUGGCAUUUCUUGCACAUCUGAGCAGCCACUACUGGCUGGUGCCCAGCAGCUCUCUAGUGCAUACACAGAGCUCAAAUAACUUCUCUGCCCCUUGGCUAUUCCUUCCUUUAUUUUUACAGUAUCCAGGUUGGGAAUGAAUUCUUGAUUAUACCUGGAACCUUCUGUGGUAUUGGCUCUUGGGUUUAUUUUCUGAAGCAAUAUUAUGAUACAAGUUACUGGGUCUGUUUGCAAGGAACAAAACUGAUACUUGGUUAUUCCAACUGAGAAAGUAAUUUAAGUUUGACUCAUAAACUACCAGACCUCAUGCUGAGGUCAGGGACUUGCUAUCCAAUAUGUAAAGUAAUGUAAAUUCCUGUUCCUUGUAUUAAAUAUUGGUCGUAGCCAAAACCAAAGCUGAAUCUUUGCUCUUCAGCUGUGUUUUGUCUGAAGCUAAUUUGGCUUCAUUAGAAUUGCAGCAAACUUUACUGGAGCCACUUCCUCUCUGAGUGGGGCUCAAAGUGUAUUUUUCAUAUAUAAUAAUUACAGUGACUAUCAAACCUUUUGUAACUGUGUUCAGCUGUAUGUAGCUUCAAAUUAUUUGUGUAAAAUUUAAUAUGCUUGUGAUUUCUCUAACACAGAAGGACUUUCCAGUCUCCAGAAGUGAGAUGGUAGCUAAUAGCUUAGACAAUAAGCUUGCCAGUUAUCUUCCAAAAGGUUUAAAAAAUUGUGUACUAGUUAAACUUUCUACUGAAUAUAACUGUCCUUGCAUGCAGAAAUAGUGAUGUACUAAACAUCUAGUGUGUAAUGAGCCUCCAAAUUAGCAAACAGUGGUGCAAAGGUGGUCCACCACUUCCCAAGGCAUUGUGGAGGGGACAGAGGUACAACAGAGCAAAGAAAUUUCUCACAGAACAGCUUGAUCAGUAUGAAUGAAAUCUGAACGUAUCUUUCUCUGGGAACUCCUUUAUUUAGUGUAUAAAGAGUUUUCUGUAACAAAAUUAACUUUCCUUUCUCACCAUCUAAGGCAACAAAACACACUUUGGUUUGCAACACUUUGCAGUCUCUAUUCAGUGGAAGUUUGUCUAGUUCAAGUGGCCAUUUGGGCUGUAAUUACACUCCCAGAAUCUGUGGGUUUACGUCAUAAAACCGGCAAGCUUUUGUUUUCUUCCAGGAGAACAAAUUGGGAUAAAGGAGCAUUAAAUUACAGAAAGCUGGAUGCUGUCUAAUAGUUAUUCUAGAAGUUGGCUUGGGCACACACUGGAGUUGGGGAGCACGGGCCAAGGAUGACUCAGGGCAGCGAGGGCCGUGCCAGCCUGGUCUGGCAGAGCUUGGGCUCGGGGUGAUGCUGCCCAGAGCCUGGGGUUUGUGCACGGGGUGUCUCGUGUGUCUGUGCAGGAACAGCCCUUCUGCAGGGAUCCACUGCCGCCUCCGUGUGCUCUGCCCGCUGCUUUUCCCGUUUCCAGAGCGCAGCUCGCAGUCCUGUGUGGGAAUCUCUCUCUUUUCACCUAAAAGCUGCCACCAUGUGGCAAAGGACUAUCAGUACCUUGUGUGUUCACAAACUCAGCUCGGGACCCAAAGCCUGACCCAGACCUGCUGGUUUACGUUUGCACAGCCAAACUCCUCUUGCUCUGAAGAGAAACAGGUUUACACCGAGGAGGGGUCUGGUGCUUUGUGAAGGUGCUGCUGGGGUGGUUCAGCACGGAGAACUCUCUUGAGAAGAGCCUGUACUCUUUCCUGUAAACAAAAACCCUUCUAGUUUUGUCAUAUUCCAUUAUUUAAAAGUCUGAGUUGUAGCCUGUUUUGGGUUUUGUUUGUUUGGUUGUUUUUAUUCUUCUGUGAAAUUAAGAUGCUGUGAAAUAAAACCUGUUUUGGUACACA